AUGUUUGGGUUAAGACAAGCUAAAGAACAGGUUGAGUCUGAGGGAGUUUACGUAGGAGGAUGGUCAUUGGAAAAUGCCUUUACACCUCCAAAGAAGAACGGCCAACGUGCGACUGACCAAGACGUCGUCGAACAUGUGGCAGUUGUCGGUGAUUGGACUCAAGAAGAAGAAAGAGCUUUGGUGCGCAAGAUGGAUAUGAGAGUACUUUUCCCAUGCUGUAUUCUUUACUUCCUUGCAUAUCUCGACAGAGCCAACAUGGGGUUCGUCGGGAUUCUCCAGUCUGGAACGAAAGACAACAUGCUUGAGACUUUGCAUCUGCAAGGUAUUCAGUUCAACUGGGCAAUCAGUGUUACGUACUUUGCCGUCACUGCCCUUUUACUGCCUUCCAAUUUGAUCAUGAAAAAGGUAUCCGGCAAGAUCUAUUUUCCGAUCAUCAUGGUCUUGUUCGGAACCAUUGUCUGUGGCAUGUCUGCAGUGAAAAGCGACACUGGACUGAUAGCAGCACGGUUUUUCCUCGGUGUUCCUGAAGCUGGUGUCGUCCCUGCCUGCAUCAUGUAUUUCAGCUUCUGGUACAAACCUUCUGAACGAGCCUUGCGAAUCGGAAUAUUCCAUUCGGCUAACUCACUCGCGUCUGGUGUCGGCGGCUUUAUUGCUGUUGGAGUAGACCAUUUGAAUGGGAGAGCUGGGCUAGAGUCCUGGAGAUGGCUUUUCAUUGUGGAAGGUUUGAUGCCUAUUGUGAUGGCUUUGCCAGUCUAUUUCCUUCUCCUCACGUUUCCCGAAACUUCGUCUGCUCUCUCAGAGCGCGAACGAUAUAUUGCCAUCAAUCGAUUUCCACGAGGCGCCACUCGUCGAACAGACGUCACCUGGGAUACACGUGCCUUUAUUGAUAUCAUGUCCAGGCCAUCAACUUAUGUCUUUUUUGUCAGCUACAUCUGUCUUCUAAUCGUCGCGGUUGCUCUCGGCACUUUCUUGCCGAUCAUCCUCAAGCAAUUCCUCCAAUUUGAUUCCCACAAGGCAAACGUUUAUACGUCAGCAAUAUACCUGGUUGCAAUAGCUGAGUACUCUGUAUGGUCCUGGCACUCUGAUUGGACACGGGAACGUAUGUGGCAUUACCUUCUACCGGUCUUCGGGGCCAUCCCAUGCUUCGCGGUGUGGACUCAUGUCUCCUCAAACCAAAGCUAUGGCAGUAUCAAGCCGAUUGCAUUAUACGGGCUUGCAUUUUUGGGGAAUCUGGUCUCGAUAUCACAACCGGCAGCUCUGGCAUAUCGGUCGAGCACGCUCUAUGGUGCAGCAGAGCAAGCUGUCGGUGGAGCAACCGCAGUUGCUGCUCUUUCGAUUGCAAGUAUCAUCAGUCCUCAAAUAUUCCCUACUCCACAAAAGCCAUGGUACCUACCUGGUUUUUCGACCUGCUGCGCCACUCUUGCCUUCACAGUCAUUGGCUAUGCUAGUCUGCCGCUGUGGCUUCUGGCUGAGGCUAGAUGGCGGAAGCGCAAGACAGGCCACGCUAUGCCGUUCAGGGCGCUUGAGGAUGCCGCUCACGCCAUGGUUUCCGAGACAACUCGUAUUGCUGAGCAAGAACAACGAUUGCGAGAGGAGAAAGGUUUACCUGCAGACAUAGAGAUUGCGAAGAUUGAAGAUGUUAAAAAGGUACAACCGGAAGCUGAGAAGUAA